AUGAGAGGCCUUCUCACAGCAGCAGGGUUGGCGGCCCUCGCCGUCCCAGCACAAGCCCUUAUUGGAUACGGCAUCACCAUGUACGAUCCCUCCUGCGGCUUCGGUUGCUACGACUCGAUCUCGGGUUUCAUGCUGGAGUGCUCGGUGAUGGACCAUGGACCGGUGGGCGCGCACAGUCACGGUGCUGGAGGCCCAACAUCACCAGAAUGCCGUGCCGGGGACGAUUAUUUCCUGACGACACUGGCAUACUGCAUGAACACCACCUGCGAUGCCUCGACCCCAAGAUGGAAGUUGGAGAAAUUUUGGUCCGAGCAGGCCACCGGCAGCAAGACGGUUGCGGCGAAGUGGUCAUACACCGAAGCUCUGGCGCAAAUCAAGGAGCCCCCCACAGACCAGUAUGGCGAGGAUGAUCAUCACCUCACCCGAACAGUGCUCUUGGAUCCCGAAACCGUCAAGGCCAACACCUUGACUCGAGAAUACUUUGAGCAAGCCGAGACGAUCCACUCUCAAUAUGGACUUAUUCUCUUGAUCGUGGGCUUUGGCACACCAGUGGUCAUCUCCAUGUUCACCAGGCUGCCAUACAUGAGCACCCUGUCAGACAAGCUGAAGCCAUACCUGGUCUAUCCCUCGCUCAUCGGAACAUACCACGUACGGCCCCUGCCCUACCUCCUCGGAAACGCUGCAACAGUCGGCCAGUCGCUGUACGUCAUCAUGUUUGCGGCGCUGAACAUCGCCAUGGCGGCAGCAGGCUACAAGUCUGUUCAGCCCAACGCUUGGUUCGCGAACGAAUGGCAGGAAGUAAUGGGAUACUUUUCCGCCAGAACCGGUGUCCUAGCUUUUGCUUUGACGCCUCUUGUCAUCCUGCUUUCUGGCCGCAACAACAUUCUCCUCUGGGCGACCAACUGGUCUCACUCGACCUUUAUGGUCCUCCACCGGUGGGUGGCCCGGAUCUACGCUGCCCAGGUCAUCAUCCACUCGGUUGCUGAAUUGGUCUUGUACAUCGACAUGGAAUCCUACGAAGCCGAAUUCAAGACGGAGUACUGGGCCUGGGGUAUUGUGGCCACAGUCUUUGCCUGUGCCAUGUUGGUCUUUAGCUCGCUCUUCUUCAGACGGUGGUCGUACGAGUUGUUCCUCGUUGGUCACAUCAUCAUGGCCGUCUUUGUGAUUGUCGGCAGCUGGUACCACGUCGAGUUCUUGUUCCAGCGCAGGUGGGGAUACGAGUUUUGGCUGUAUGCCGCCUGCGCUGUCUGGUUCUUUGACCGUAUGAUCCGGGUCUUCCGCGUUCUCAAGAACGGCCCCAGACGGGCGGUUGUCACAGAAGUGUCUGAGGAUAUUGUGCGGGUUGAUGUCAAGGGCAUCCGGUGGACAGCUGCGCCUGGUCUUCACACCUAUGCCUACUUUCCAGCCCUGAGCCCAUGGAGACCAUGGGAGAACCACCCGUUCUCCAUCCUGCCCACGGCUCUUCUCCAGUCCAAGCGGGAUGCUUCCUUGUCCGGAGCUGCUUCGGGCAGUGACACGCGGAGCACCGCUGAUGUCGAGAAAUCAGGCGGCGUCACCAGCACCAGCACACCGCAAAGAGACGACCAAGCACUUGGCGGGGCUCCUGGAACGGGCAUCACACUCUACGUCCGCAAGUCCAAGGGUUUGACCAAGCUGCUUGCCAACCACAACUCCCUCCUCACACUCUUGGACGGCCCAUACCCAGACAACCCGACAAAUGGGGUGCUCAAGUCGGACAGACUCCUGCUGAUCGCCGGAGGAGUCGGAAUCACGGGUGUGCUGCCGUACAUUGCGAGGCACACCAACGUCAAGAUUUGCUGGAGCGUCAAGGCUUCGGCCGAGGGCUUGGUGCGGGACCUGGAGGGUCCGUUGUCUAGAGUGGCUGAGAAGGACGUCAGAAUUGGCAGCAGACUGGACGUGGCGGCGCUGUUGGCCGAGGAGGAGCGGACGGGGUGGAGCAGAGUCGGAGUGGUCGUGUGUGGGCCCGGGGGACUUUGCGACGACACUCGGGCGUUGGUGGCAGCCAAGGCGCGGACCGGGCCGACUGUCUGGGAGCUCGAGGUGGACGCGUUCUCUUGGUAG